AUGUCGCAAAGAUCUGUACCGGCACCGUUUCUGACGAAAACGUAUGAGUUGGUGGAGGAUCCAGGGACGAACGAGGUGAUAUCGUGGAGUGAAAGUGGGAACACGUUUGUGGUGUGGAAACACGCAGAUUUUGCAAAGGAUUUGCUUCCUAAAUGUUUCAAGCACAAUAACUUUUCCAGUUUUGUUCGCCAACUCAACACUUAUGGAUUCCGAAAGAUUGUGCCAGACAAAUGGGAAUUCGCAAACGAGCAUUUCAAGCGAGGGAAGAAGGAGCUUCUCGCUGACAUCAAACGCCGCAAGACCGUGCCGCAGUCGCCUGCACUUCCACCGGGGCCCGGAAAAUCCGGCGGUGAUGGCAACUCUCCAUUAAACUCUGGCGGUGGAGACGACGCUGGGUCCACCUCUACUUCGUCAUCCUCCUCCGGUUCAAAGAACACUGGAGUGGUGGAAACAAACACAACACCUUCUCAUGAGUUAUCGAGCGAGAAUGAGAAACUGAAGAAGGAUAACGAAACGCUGAGUAGCGAGCUGGCGCGUGCGAGGAAGCAGUGCGACGAGCUCAUGGGUUUUCUCAAAAACCGUCUGAUGGUGGGGCCUGAUCAGAUAGAUCGCAUCAUGCGGCAAGGAAGUUGCGGAUCUGAGAAGGUGGUAGGUGAAGAAAGUGGAGGAGAGUGUUUGAAACUGUUUGGUGUUUGGUUGAAAGAUGAUACACUAGCGGACAAAAGACACAACCACCACAAGAGAGCCCGCGAAGACCAAAUGGGCUUCGGUGGGCCUCGGUUGAAGGAGUCCAAGCCCGUUGUUGACUUUGAACCUCUAAAUCUCAUGAUGAAGAGCAACAAGGUUUGCAACUGA